AUCAAUCUUUUACCAUAUAUGUAAGGCAUAAGAGGUCCUGAUGGGAAUCAAGACGACAGCAUAUCUACUACGUCAUGUGAUCCAUUACACACCCAAGGAGGUCCAGUCACGCGAGCUAGAGCUAAGAAGAUGCGUGAAGCUUUAAAUGGCCUUAUUGAGCAUAUCUGGGUUGAAAACAACAUACAACAAGCAAAUCGAAGCUUGGAUGAUUAUCAAGGCAUGGUUCUUGAAGAUGGCACACUUUCAUUUCAUGUCAUAAAACUGACAAUGCAACCAAUAUUUCGGAUCUAUUCUUCAAGGACGUUGUUUGUUUACAUGGCAUUCCAAGGACAAUCAUUUCUGAUCGCGAUGUCAAGUUCUUGAGUUACUUUUGGAAGACAUUGUGGGGAAAGCUGGGAACUAAGCUACUGUUUUCGACUACUUGUCAUCCACAAACUGAUGGACAAACAGAAGUGGUUAAUAAGACAUUGUCAACCUUAUUGCGUGCUAUUAUUCAGAAGAACUUGAAGAACUGGGAAGAGUGUUUGCCGCACGUUGAAUUUGCUUAUAACCGGAGCGUCCAUUCAGCAACUAAUUGUUCACCAUUUGAAGUUGUGUAUGGUUUUAAUCCACUCACUCCUUUAGAUUUAUUGCCUUUACCUAUUGACGAACAAGCUAGUUUGGAUGAGUAAAAGAAAGCUGAAGUGGUUAAGCAACUGUAUGAGAGGGUGCGACAAAACAUAGAGCGAUGAACUGAGCAGUAUGCAAAACAAGCUAACAAAGGAUGCAAGAAAGUUGUAUUUGAACCUGGAGAUUGGGUUUGGGUGCAUAUGCACAAGGAGCGAUUCCCUGCACAAAGGCAUUCUAAGUUGCAACCAAGAGGCGAUGGACCAUUUCAAGUGAUUGCAAGGAUUAAUGACAACGCAUACAAGUUGGAGCUUCCUGGUGACGAUUUGAGGACAAAUCCUUUUGAGGAGAGAGGGAAUGAUGGGAAUCAAGACGACAGCAUAUCUACUACGUCAUGUGAUCCAUUACGCACCCAAGGAGGUCCAGUCACACGAGCUAGAGCUAAGAUGCGUGAAGCUUUAAAUGGCCUUAUAGAGCAGAUCUGGGUUGAAAACAACAUACAACAAGCAAAUCGAAGCUUGGAUGAUUAUCAAGGCAUGGCUUAUAACCCUAAUGGGGAGGGGGGGAUUGAAUCUGAGAUUUUGAGAGACUUUUCUCUUUGGGUAUGGCGUCAACCAACUUUAUACCUCUGGUUCUUGUUGCGUCAUAGACAACGGGUCAAGGUUUUUACCUUUGGUUCUUGUUGUGACAUAAACAAUGGGUCAAGGUCCUAUCAUAAACCUGAUUUAGCUUUCUUGGAGUUUAGAAAUCCCUUGUCGUGCUGUGGGUCUCAUUCUUCUCUUUGGGGUUCUCAUCAGGAGGCAUUGACGGACUUGGCAACACUAGUGGGAAAACAUUUUACAGUAGGAAUGGGGUUCUUAUUGAUAUCAAAUCAUUUGGGACAGUUCAGUGGACUACGAUAUCAAGAAGCUCGAUUGAAGAUACUACAACGUGAAAAAUAUCCUAAUUGUGGCCCAAUUGAAGGGGAAAGAAAUAAUGUUGAAUGGUAUGUGAUGGUUAACCUGCUCUCAUCCCGUGAAGAGAGCUCAAGGCAAAAGAUGUAAAGAAUAUUGGAUUUGUAUUCUCUUGAAUUAUUUAGUACAGCAUUGAUAUAUACAUAUAGUAUUAUAGGAAUAUGUUUGCAUGCUGAAUUUGUGACUCAUAUCAAGCUUAUAAACAUUGCCCCUUGUUGCUUUGCCUUUAAAUUGCUGAGAUUGUUUCCCUCUCUUUCUUGAUGAUUAUUUCCUUAUUUGAUUCUGGUUUUAAUUCCUUGAGCUUGGCUUCUUGCUUCACACUGUGGUCUGUUUAAAGUUGGUGAGAUGCUUAAAGUACCAUCACCAUAAAAUAAAGGGUAUUGUCUGAG